ACCUUUGACUAACUCAGCUGAAUGAGACCUUAAUCAUCGUCCCUCCGAUUUAGAGCAGAAUUUGAGGCUUGGUGACAACGGUGAGUCAGUCUUUGGCUUCAUCUUAUUAUUCAUUUCAGCCCCACCUCAUUGUGUGAGACUGGGAUCCUCAUUUUGGAAAUGAAAGGGUGAUGAGAAUGGACAUGAGCGUAAGGUGAUGAGUAGAAUAGGAAGAGGUAUACAGCCUUGUCUCACAUCACAAUUGAUCAACUAUAUUUCACAAGUGUUCACAACUACAGCAAGCAACUACAGCAAGCCAGGCUUCUGGGUUCAGAGUGAGGAUAUCAUUUCUGGCCACACCAGGCUCAAAACGAGCAGUUCAAUAAAGAUGAUGUUCUAAUAGAACUCAACACAGAACAUCCUAUAAUGCACUAAUGAUACUAAUAAGUCACCUAAGUGGGCUGUGCGACUGGACUUUUGUCUCUGUCCCUAAUUAGGGUGAUCUUUGACUCUGUUGGCCCCCUAUAGGUUGUACGCUUACAUCACUGUUGAGACUGACGGUGUCUAACAAGAAUACAAUUCUGUUUUACCUCUUUGACUCUGUGACAUAUGUCACUUUCACUCUCCAGAGAGUGUCUGACAGUCUGAGACUGUCCAAGAGCGUCAUAAGUUGUGACUUGUGUUAGAGUUAUUAAUACCCUGCAGUCCUCGCCUGUCCGUUGGCUAAAGUCCCUUCCAGCAGUUUAUGGUCUCUCUUCAUAGCCGCAGAGAGUGGUUAGAGCCCCGGCCAGCAGUCCCAAUCCCACUUAGCGGUCAUGGAGCCAGUUAAGCAUGGAUUACUUGACUGCUCCACAAACGUCAGCUCAGCUGGCUGCUUUAGACCAUUAAGGUCUGUUCCCAGGACAAGCUCGCACUGAACGUGCCGUCCUGCCAUCUUGGCUGCUGUCUGGUUACGCUCAAUGUUGGUGAUUUUUAUGAUGGGCUAAAGCCAUGCGCUACCUGGACCGCACCUAACAUCCCGUCCUCCUGGCGACUUGGCUGGACAACCAGGCUGCAGAAAAUAUACCUUUUUUUAGUUUCUGUCGCUAGGCGGCGUCAACCCUUGGUUUGUCCAUGACAUUCUUUGGUCAGUUGUAGGUUUGUUGUAUUCAGUCUUCGCCCACUACCUUUGUGAGGCGCAAAACUCCUAUCACUUCCUAGCCACGACAUUUAUUGAAUUAACAGCUCAAUUAAAAUUAGUUAAGAGAUUAGAAAACCCCUGGUGGGCGUACACGAGUGCCAAAGUUUGGAGGCUUUGCUAUAUUGGCCGAGCUGGUCCAGGUGUUAGGGCAGAGGUCUAAUGAUGGUUGAUGGCGUAUGGUUGGACAAGAGAAUGUAAGCAAGCCAAGCCAACACAGGGAGGGUGGAGGGUGAACCCACGCAGCACAGCACAACAGUCAGAUCAAAGCGGGUCUGCUACGCCCAUCCCUAAAAUACUUUAGCAGCUAGCGGUGUGCUUCCCUUCUCCGGUGUCACUGGACACCCUAGCUGUCAGAUGACAAACAGCCCAUAAUCAGGCCUAUGAGACCUCCACUAGGACAGAGAUGGGCCUCUCUAUGUCCCCCUGAAACAUGACCCCUACUGUUACCCCCAGCAUGGCCCUGACAAAAGAAACCCAUAUCAGUCUCACCAUGCACCUACACACACGUGUGAAUGUGUGCACAUACAGUUGAAGUCGGAAGUUUACAUACACUUAGGUUGGAGUCAUUAAAACUCCCUUUUCAACCACUCCACAAAUUUCUUGUUAACAAACUAUAGUUUUGGCAAGUCGGUUAGGACAUCUACUUUGUGCAUGACACAAGUCAUUUUUUCAACAAUUGUUUACAGACAGAUUAUUUCACUUAUAAUUCACUGUAUUACAAUUCCAGUGGGUCAGAAGUUGACAUACACUAAGUUGACUGUGCCUUUAAACCGCUUGGAUAAUUCUAGACAAUUAUGUCAUGGCUUUAGAAGCUUCUGAUAGGCUAAUUGACAUCAUUUGAGUUAAUUGGAGGUGUACCUGUGGAUGUAUUUCAAGGCCUACCUUCAAGCUCAGUGCCUCUUUGCUUGACAUCAUGGGAAAAUCUAAAGAAAUCAGCCAUGACCUCAUGGGGGAAAAAAUGUAGACCUCCACAAGUCUGGUUCAUCCUUGGGAGCAAUUUCCAAACGCCUGAAGGUACCACGUUCAUCUGUACAAACAAUAGUACGCAAGUAUAAACACCAAGGGACCACGCAGCCAUUAUACCGCUCAGGAAGGAGACGCGUUCUGUCUCCUAGAGAUGAACGUACUUUGGUGCGUAAAAGUACAAAUCAAUCCCAGAACAGCAGCAAAGGACCCUGUGAAGAUGCUGGAGGAAACAGGUACAAAAGUAUCUAUAUCCACAGUAAAACAAGUCCUAUAUUGACAUAACUUGAAAGGCCGCUGAGCAAGGAAGAAGCCACUGCUCCAAAACCGCCAUUAAAAAAGCCAGACUAUGAUUUGCAACUGCACAUGGGGACAAAGAGCAUACUUUUUGGAGAAAUGUCCUGGUCUGAUGAAACUGCCCAAAAUGACCAUCGUUAUGUUUUGAGGAAAAAUGGGGAUGCUUGCAAGCCGAAGAACACCAUCCCAACCGUGAAGCACAGGGGUGUCAGCAUCAUGUUGUGGGGGUGCUUUGCUGCAGGAGGGACUGGUGCACUUCACAAAAAAAUAGAUGGCAUCAUGAGGAUGGAAAAUUAUGUGGAUAUAUUGAAGCAACAUGUCAAGACAUCAGUCAGGAAGUUAAAGCUUGGUCGCAAAUGGGUCUUCCAAAUGGACAAUGACCCCAAGCAUACUUCCAAAGUUGUGGCAAAAUGGCUUAAGGACAACAAAGUCAAGGUAUUGGAGUGGCCAUCACAAAGCCCUGACCUCAAUCCCAUAGCAAAUUUGUGGGCAGAACUGAAAAAAGCAUGUGUGUGCAAGGAGGCCUACAAACCUGACUCAGUUACAUCAGCUCUGUCAGGAGGAAUGGGCCAAAAUUCACCCAACUUAUUGUGGGAAGCUUGUGAAAGGCUACCCGAAAAGUUUGACCCAAGUUAAACAAUUUAAAAGCAACGCUACCAAAUACUAAUUGAGUGUAUGUAAACUUCUGACACACUGGGAAUGUGAUGAAAGAAAUAAAACCUUAAAUAAAUAAUUCUCUAUUAUUCUGACAUUUUCACAUUCAUAAAAUAGUGGUGAUCCUAAGACGAGGAAUUUUUACUAGGAUUAAAUGUCAGGAAUUGUGAAAAACUGAGUGUAAAUGUAUUUGGCUAAGGUGUAUGUAAACUUCCGACUCUAACUGUAGAUGCAUGAAUGCACACUCACACACAGUUACAUGCACACUCACACACAGUUACAGGCACACUCACACACAGUUACAUGCACACUCACACACAGUUACAGGCACACUCACACACAGUUACAUGCACGCUGGAGAAGUAGGAAACUUCCAUAUUAAAGCAGCUCCUGCUUUAUUAGUUGCCAAGACCCUAUCUCGCUAGGAGUCAAAAGACAUUGACUGAGAAAAGAUGGAAAUCCCAUUCCAUCCGGGAGCUUCUGAUCCACACCCAAAACUAACUGUGCCGUCAGCGCCGGGAAUAUCACUCCUACAGAACAAACUAAUGCGACCCACCUGGAAAUCCAGUCAUCUUAGGCAGGGGGAUGGAGGAGUUGGAGAAGAUUUCAACGGUAUUUGAGAGGAAUGAGAGGGGAGGACACAGAUGACUUAAACCCUGCAGAAGUGCACGUAUAAGGCUUUAGAAUUGUUAUAAGCGUAUAGGCUUUCAUAAUAGCUCAUUAUAAGAUGUAUAAAACAAUUAUGUGGGAAAAAUGUAUUUUACUCCAAAUGCAUGGGAUUUCAUCAGGAUCAUUAUGAGAACGUUUUUAAGGACUCAUGCAUGUGUAUGACGUCUUACGCUGCGUUAUAACCGCCUCGUUAUACCCGCAGGCUUUAAGUAAAGUGCUACAGAACAAACCUUAAGCUCUUUAACCCCACAAAAUGCACUGCCCACGCAACUUCUAAGAUAAUGUACUUCUCAACUUUGACAAAUGCAUCUUGCGUCACCACCAGUGGCACAUGCAGAUAACGUGCAAGAGUUCCCGUCCUGGUCUCACUACUAUAGCUCUACGCAAACAUAUAUCAUCUAAGGUAGUUCGUGUUAUGCACUUCUCAAACGUCAGCUGUUUACUAUGUUUGUUUGUCAGUGGUUUCCACACAACUUCACAGGCAAAGAGAGGAGAUAAAAAAGCAUACUGCUGAAAGGAGUGGUCUACCUUUAUGAAAUAACUUUUUUUGCACAUUUGCCUCCACUAAUCAGUUGCUUAGAAAUGUAGAAAGAUAGAAUAACGGGGCAUUAUGGAAAAGGGAAGAAGACCACGGAUGUAGUGACGGAAAGGGUUAAAGGUUUUGAAAAAAGACAGAGCUUCGGAGAUAAAGCACUUCAAAUCCUAUGAAAGUUAUACACCGCAUGAAAUAAAACAUUUCCAUCUAUAUGACCUAUUCCAACUUUCUUAGUUUGGCAUCUGUAGAAUGUUUCAGAGCGAUUGUGGCAACGUAUGUGUAUGAACCGAUAUUUUUACAUUUGCUAUAGGCCUAAGUCCCCACUCACAUCUAAUCAGUGCCUUGGUACUCAUUCACUCGUGUUUAGAGCAUAAUAACCGGUGGUUUCCAUCCCCUUCUGUUAAAGUGAGGUCAGAUGAGAGAGGUCAGACCUGCUCGAUUGCUCUUAAUGAGAUAGAAAUUCUCAUCAUGCCGCUAGAGGACCCUGGACCUCCAUGGCCCUCUGGGUAAUCCACAUACUGACACCACAACUCAUGCAUCUCAUCCAGCACAUUAAAAUAGGUCUAACUAGAAAACACACGAGUGCACUCUCCCCGGAACCGCAUCGCCAAAUUUUGAGCCCUGCUCCUCUAUCCAACUCAUUAGGGUAAUGUGUUCAUGUGUCGUUCCUCUCCAUAUGAUCUGAGGAAUUAGCUAGCUAGCUGUCCUGCUCGACUAAAGGGACUCUCGCUCACAAUUAAAAACAUGUUUAGUUAGCUAUUGUAUUUUGUUUUCAAAACAAUUGUUUCAGAUGCCAAUGACCUUCAUUAGUUGUUGUUGGAUGUGGACGAUGCAGACGAGUGAAGAAUAGUGACUACGACAUUAGAUUCUAACUCCCCGACCGUCUCUAACUCUAAAGAUAAGCUCAAGGGGAGAUGUGGCAGUCCGAGGGGAUGCGACUCUUCACAGUGCAUCAAUCCAAUGGUUCCUGUCAGCUGAUUGGCACAGUGAAAACCCCGGCUUCUCUUCUUAGUUUAUUGAACCGAACCUUCCUGAUCGUUUUUUAUGGACCCUGGAGGCAGGAUCUCUGUAACUGUAAAAGAUCGGUUUUACGGGGGAGGGGGCCAACAGUCACAGUUGAGAAAUAAGAUAUUUUCAGAUGUUGGGUCCUUCCGUGGUGCAUUGAAAUGAAGGCUUUUCAACAGUGCCGUGCAUUCAUGGAUGCCAAGGGAAGCCAGGUUUCCCCCAAAAAUGUCCCAACAAAAAAGAUGCAUAAAUAAUUUCUUUCAUCUCUCUGUUUCAGAAUUUUCCUUCAAUUUGCAAGAGGCUGAAUAAACUGUAUCUCACUGAAGAAAGCAUCCGAGCGAGCAAAACCGCACACCUCUGUCUCUGGAUUUGUAGCCCAUCGAUGCUGUCUGGUCAAAAAGAGUACGAUACUGUUGCUGCCCGUAGCAUUGAAUGCAAGGGAAGCCAGUGUGCAUUUGGCCUCCCUUGACAAAAACAUCAUAAAAUAAUAGUCAAUCAGCAUUGAGCUAAACUGACUCGGCUCAACUGUGAAUGGUCCUGAUGCACCCAGUGUCAAUGGAACCCAGUUUGGAUUUGGCUUCACACCAAUAACAUCACAACAACAGCCAAAUGACAUUGACAGAGAACUUUAAUUGUUGCAUCUCGUUGUGUUCUCCACCGGUGUCUAGCUAGCUAAAAUUGUCCAUUCCUAAAUUAGCCAUGGAUGGAAAUAGGGAUUUGGACAUGUGGUUUUACUUAAUUCUCUGUACUAGCAAUGAUUAUGAAGGUGAUUCUGAUCCAAACUUAAAUUGGAUCGCACAUUGUGCCCCUGGCCAAAAAAAGGAUGGAUGUUCAUUAUGUAGCUAGAUGUAGUUGCCUAAUGUAAAUUAGCUGGAUCCUCAUUGCCCAUUUUAAAGGAAGUUAAGCUAGCGAGCAAGCAUUUUAGCCAGGACAACAAAAACUAAACAUGUGUAGCCUACUGUAUGAUAAAGUCAAAGACCGUUUCGGUGACAUGAAAGAGAGGCAUUGGCGUUUCUCUACAAGUAGGCUGAGUCAACACGUUUUUUGUACUUGUACGCACACACACAGAAAUCAGUACCAUGGACGGCCACAUCAUAUUUAGUUUACGUUGAAUGGACUAAAUCGUUUUUGGUAUCUUUUAAUUGUCACUGUAUUAGACUAAGCAUAGGUGAUUUGAUGAUGUUGAUUAUGUGGAAGUUGAAAUGGUGUUGGAAUAGUGGAGGCAUCUCCUGUUUUCUUUGCGACUUGCGGUAACUCUCUGUGGUUCUAAAUCAAUAGUUGUUUAGUAGUCUGAAAAUGUCUGAAACAUUAACUUCAUUGACCAUGCUGUAGGUCAUGUAACUGUUUGUUACAUGCAAUAUAGUUUGUGGACAGAUGUUGCUCUCCGGUUUUGUGAUGAAACAAAGGUGUGGUUGAAUUUAUUCUGCUGCUUUGUCGUCUUAUUGUCUCGGCCUUUAGGCCUAUAUAUCACGGUGGCAAGGCAUAUGAACUAACAUGUUAUAGAGCAAACAACAGAAUUAUCGGAAAUUAUCACAAUUAACACAAGUUGUAAUAUGGCAUUUUUUCCCUGGCUUGGCUUCCCCAGUGAUUUUACCCACGCACCGCUACUGCUUUUCAAAGCACUCACUGAUUAUGGCAUCUCUGAAGAUAAAGUCAUCGGUAAUGAUAGAAAAUUCAGGAUUGUCCAUGCAACGAGGAUGUUUCCAGUCACCAAAGCAUAGUGACAAUUUUUGCAUAUCACUUUUUUCCCCCUAUGCAGCCCCUGUCAACCAUUGUAGAGGAAUAUACACAUACUGUCUCUAUGGCAACCGCUCUGAUUUGGCUGGAGUGGAGAUGGCUGGUGCACAGAGCUCUUGAACGAAGGCCAACCCAUACCUCCACACCUGGGAGAUAGAUUGACUCCUCACAUACAUUUCCAGAUGUGAGUUAUUGUUUGAGAGACUUGUGAUCUCUCAUUGGACCGUCCACCAAUCAAAAGCUGGCUAUCCCAGUAUAAGCCAGUAGCGUGAAUGAGAUGCAUGAUUCGAAUAAUAUGCAUAUGGCUGCAUAUGGAAGUAUGGCUGUGAAUGUAUCUGAUCUAAGUCUAUAUUGCAUCAAAUCAAUACAUUUGUACAUUUGUAUUGGUCACACACAUGUGUAGCGAAAUGCUUGUGUUUCUAGCUCCAACAGUGAAGUAAUAUCUAACAAUUCACAACAAUACACACAGAUCUAAAAGUAAAAGGAUGGAAUUAAGAAAUGUGGAACUAUUAGGACGAGCAAUGUCGGAGUCAGGAGUAUAAAUAUAUAAUAUGUGUUGGGAUGUAUAGACAUUAUGGACAGUAGAAUACUAAGUAUAUCUGUAGAAUGUGUAGGAUAGAAUAGUGUAUAUGUACAGCAAUAGUUUAAUAGGAUAGCAUUGACAAGAACAAUACACACAUCUAAAGGAACGGAAUUAAGAAUGUAUAAAUAUUUGGACGAGCAAUGUCGGAGUGGGUGUGAUUGUAAAUGAUCAGUGAUCUAUGUGAAUGCGAUUGCCUCGACCCCCUGUUGUGACGAGUGUGACUGCAGGCAGGCUCUGGGAUCUCUGCUUUGCUGUGGGCUAAGAGUACAUGGGAUAAUCUGGGUUUACAGGGCUGGGUGGCUGCACUGCCUGAUAGAUGCCCUGACGGCUGCCCCACCCCAACCGGCCAUGACAUGGCACAGCAAGUGUUUGGCUUUGGCAGGUUUCUCUCUAAUGUUUGAUGGAGAUGAGCGUGUGUUUAUCUGACGCUAGCUGUCAUGCUGUGCUGCACUGUGCCAUGGAAGUUCAGUCUGACACUGACAUUAGAGUCGUGUCAGCUGUUUCGCUCACACUUCAGCAGAGAGCAUUAAGCCCAGGGGGUAUGAUGAUGGGGGAAAAAAGGGAUUCAAGACAACCAAGAAUGCUGAUGUCCACAACACACAUUCACAACACUAGUUAGCCCAGGCCAGGUGGUAUAUUGGCCAAGAAGAGAGAAAUACAUGGUUGCAUACAGGGAUUAAACUCAUAUUGUCACAUAUUUCAGGGCUCCCCUUCACAUUCUUAAGACCACUGAGCUAGUCAGGCCUUCCAGAGCCGCUAGGCUAAAAUCCCCUCCACAUUGGUAAGACCACUCCCACAUUAAAAAAUAAUACAGUUUACUAUAGAAUACUAAAGUACUUACUAUAGUAAAGUGUAGUAUACUGUAGAAUACUAUACUACACACUGUAGUAUCCCUCAAUCUGGUAUAGUACUUACAAUAGAAUGUUGUAGUAUACUUUAGAAUACUAUAGUAAAUACAACAGUAAUGUCCGCAAAAACACUACACGUUUUAACUAUAGAAAAUACUACAGUAUUUAAUUUGUGUAUACUCUGCCCAUUCCCCACUCUCACAUUGCAAUUUGUGCCACACGUUAGUGAGAAACCUACAUGCCAAGUAUAGACCAUAUAUUGUGUUCUCUACAGGUUAUAGAAGAGAGCAGAAGCUCUGAACUAUCCGUUCAGACCGCAGACCUACCUACCUACCUACAGGUUAUGGAAAAUGUGCUCUUUCAGUAUUUCUCCAGUUUCCUGAAGGAGAAAGCCUCCACUUCUAUGUCAAAGAUAAUAAAACAAAAAUACUAUUGUAAAUUCUACAGUGACGUCUGCAAAAACACUACAGUGAAUACUACAGUAAAGUCCACAAAACACUACAGUGAAUACUAUAGUAUUUAUAGGCAUAUUUAUAUGACGUUUCCUCAAGACAGCAAGUAAAUAUCAGUAUAGGAAAACUGGAACUCCCUAAAAUAGACAAACUGUAGGAAGUGUCAUAUUCUACAUUAUGACUCACAAUCAGUGGUGGAAAAAGUACUCAAUCAUCUUACUUGAGUAAAAGUAAAGAAACCUUAAUAGAAAAUGACUCAAGAAAAAGUCACCCAGUAAAAUGCUAGAGUAAAAGUCUAAAAGUAUUUGGUUGUAAAUAUACGUAAGUAUCCAAAGUAAAUGUAAUUGCUAAAAUGUACUUAAGUAUCAAAAGUAAAAGUAUAAACCAUUUCAAAUUCCCUUUUUAUUUUUUAAGGAUAGCCAGGGGCACACUCCAACACUCAGACAUAAUUUACAAACAAAGCAUUUGUGUUUAGUGAGUCUGCCAGAUGAGAGGCAGUAGGGAUGACCAGGGAUGUUCACUUGAUAAGUGUGUGAAUUGUACCAUUUUCUGUACCAAUUGUACCAUUUUCCAUUUCAAAAUGUAUUGAGUACUUUUGGGUGUCAGGGAAAAUGUAUGGAGUAAAAAGUACAUUGUUCCUAAAGAAAAUAUAGUGAAGUUAAAGGGAAAGUUGGCAAAAAUAUAAAUAGUAAUGACUUACUACUUAAGUAAAAAUACUACUUAAGUACUUUACACCACUGCUCACAAUAUGUUGUUGCUGGAUAUUUUUCAAAUGACUCAUAGAUUUGGUUGGGAUUGUACUCCAACGUUUUCCUCUUUCCAAUAGAGGGCGGUAUGGCAAUGUCAACUCAAAGUAGGCUUUUGCUCCACAAUUUCUGUGUGGUCCAUGAAAUCCUGCAAGUCCAAAUAACUCUUUAUAGUGAAAACCUUACAUCUCCUAUAAAUUACGACUUAAAAUAAUGCGAUUUCAACUCGAAAGAGGACACAUUAGGCUAUUGUAUUUUCAAUUAACUGUGCUUGCAUUUCAUAAGAGACUAUACGAAACUGUCAUUUUCUUUGUGUAUAUAAAUGACAUCUAUCAAUAUGGUCACGGCUGUAGUAACAUAGCAAGCGUAGAAAGACGCCUGUGCGGUGUCCCUCUCCGUUUUUCAAGUGAAACGAAAGUUAGGUUAAAUUCUGUAUACCUGAAAACCGGCACUUUUUUGCCAACGCCGCUAUAGUGCGGCUGUAGUAUGAAGUCCGAUUUGCUAUUGGUGAGCACAGAUUUCGUUGUAACUUUAAUUUUUUAUGUUUAUGGCACCUGGUAUUCCCAGGUUGUCUCCAGUCCCAGUACUAACCAGGCCGAUGGUAUGGCCACAAUAGUAUAUUUUUUUUCCUCCCCGAAUUAGGUCCCUUGGCUCAUCUCUGCAACUACUCAAUGGGAUCGGGAGAGGUGAAGGUUGAGUCAUGUGUCCUCCGAAAACAUGACCGCUUAAACCGGAUGUUAGCCGCACCAAUGUGUCGGAGGAGCCAAGGAAAGCCCCCCCCGGCCAAACCAUCCCCUACCCCGGACGUCGCUGGGCCAAUUGUUCGCAGUUCUAUGGGGGCCACGGCCAGUUGCGACAAAACCUGGGAUCAAAUCCCAGGCUGAUGUCGCUCAAACGUAUCUUCGUUCAAAUGAUAAGGGGGUUGUACAUAUCAUGUGACAUUCCUAAAACUGUACCUGCCUUUCAGCGAGAAGCGACGCCCACAAGCCAAGCACAAUGGAUAGGUAACGGUUAACUUUGAUGGAAAACAAAAGUAGCCAAACUAAACCACAUCCGUUUCACGUGACAAGUUCCAUGGAAGGCUUUAAGAAUUUAUUGGAUACGAAAAGCGAACCAAAUAUUUAGAAGUUGCGCGUCACAAUCCACGGGGAUUCCACAGAGGGCUGAUCACUGCAGAACUGCGUAUUCAUGCAAAUUUAAAAAAUCAUAGGCGUGCCUUAGGCGAUGGAGUCACAGCCCGAACACAGAACUCCUGGUAUACUAACGAGCACCAAAGACGGUGAUGCGCACAGCUCGGAUACACUGAGUGACAACCGACGAGGAAACGUUUCACGCUCUUUAAAGAAAGGAAAAAGGAAGAAGUGACAACUAUCUUUUUAGAGAAGAUCUUAUUUACUGACCUCCCUUAUCUCACGACAGAAGACGCGCGAGUCAUCCGGAGUACGCAGCUGUCAUUUCUUUACUGCGCAUUGAGUAGCCUAGCCUAUUUCGCCUUGAUUUGAUUUAUGUUACAGUAUAAUAUAGAGGAGAUACUGCACUCUGACUGAAGUUACCGAUGUGGAUGAAGUUGACAUUGCACCUCUAUAGCCUACUGUCACUGCGCGUAAAAUCCACAUUUGGAUACGGACCUGUCGCUAAAGAAACUUUAUAGUCAAUUGCCGUUUAAUUUUCUCCACAAUGUCUGAAGAAGUUAAUAGCUGCACUGGUGCUAGUACUAUAACUGAGGUUGAAAGCAGCAAUAUCAGCGUUCUCGGCUGGGAACAAGUGCAGCGUCUUGAUGCCAUCCUGACCGAGACCAUUCCCAUCCACGGCCGGGGAAACUUCCCCACUUUGGAGAUGAAACCCCGACAAAUAGUGAAGGUGGUGCGUAGUCGCAUGGAGGAGAGGAAUAUCCACGUCCGGGACGUGCGGCUAAACGGGUCUGCUGCAAGCCACGUUCUUCAUGAGGAUAGCGGACUGGGCUACAAGGACCUUGACCUAAUCUUUUGCGCGGAUAUGAAAGGGGAAAGUGAUUUUCAGAUUGUGAAGGAUAUCGUUUUGGACUGUCUCCUGGACUUCUUACCUGACGGGGUGAAUAAGCAGAAAAUAUCACCAUUGACUUUAAAGGAAGCCUAUGUGCAGAAGAUGGUGAAGGUGUGCAAUGACUCAGACCACUGGAGCCUCAUCUCCCUCUCCAACAACAGAGGCAAGAACGUGGAGCUCAAGUUCGUAGACUCUCUGAGGCGGCAGUUUGAGUUCAGCGUGGACUCCUUCCAGAUCAAGCUGGACUCCCUGCUGCUGUUCUAUGCAUGCUCUGAGAACCCCAUGACCGAGACCUUCCACCCCACCAUCGUGGGCGAGAGUGUGUUUGGGGACUUUGGUGCUGCCCUCGACCACCUACGCCAGAAGGUGAUCUGCACCCGCAACCCAGAGGAGAUCCGGGGUGGCGGCCUGCUCAAGUACUGUCACCUGCUGGUAAGGGGCUUUCACGCCGACUCCGAGACAGAGAUGAAGUCCCUGCAGCGGUACAUGUGCUCGCGCUUCUUCAUCGACUUCUCGGAUAUCAGCGAGCAGCAGCGCAAGCUGGAGUCCUACCUGCAAAACCACUUUGUGGGCCUGGAAGACCGCAAGUACGACUACUUGAUGACCCUGCAUGGGGUGGUCAACGAGAGUACGGUGUGCCUGAUGGGACAUGAGAGGCGGCAGACACUGGGGCUGAUCGCCAUGCUGGCGGUGCGCGUGCUGGCCGAGCAGAACGUCAUCCCAAACGUGGCUAACGUCACCUGCUACUACCAGCCAGCCGCCUACGUGGCAGACGGUAACUUCAGUAACUACUACAUAGCCCAGGUACAGCCCAUGUUCCACUGCCAGCAGCAUGCCUACUCCACCUGGCUACCCUGCAACUGAGACAGCACAGGGAAAGGAAGGAGUGAGAUAGAACGAGGGAGAGUCUGAUUCAUUUAUCACUGUAAAGUGUUUUUCAGAUGAAUGAAUGAGACAAAAGGUAUCCCCAUGCCCCACAAUCCUGUAUUGAAUUUAAAUGUGUUAUGUUCUGUUAGUGUGAUGGGGGAAAGAAAAUAACAGCUGGGUCUCAGCUCCUGCGAGGUCAGUCUUAAACCAAUGGCAGGACAGUUUACUGUGAAAAUGCCACCCUGUCUGACACAUAACCCAAGCUUAGGAAGUAUGGGAUGGGGUUUUGCCCAAUACAAUGCAAACAAUGAUGGACAAGAAUGAAAGCCGUAACAAUACUUUCAUUCCCACUGACCUGGAUUGACUGACUCUGUUGCGAACUGAAAAGGCUGUGGAAUUGAGCGAUAGAUGGAAUAUAAUGUGGGGCUGCAUCUGUGUUCUGUGGUGUCCAGCUGCCUCCUUGGCCGGAGGAUGCAGGCCCCUUUGCUCUCUGAGGGGUGUGUGGCUUGCACCCUGACGCGCGCUGGGCAAUGUCCCAGCAACACAGGGGUUACUAGAGCACCAUAAAACUCUCUUUAUUUCUGGUGAGGUGAGUUGUCAUCACGAGCUUGGAAUGACAGAAACUACACCUUAACUAGUAAUGAUUGAUAUGAACAUGAUGAUGCGUUUACAAACCAAAGAUUUUUCAUUUAUUGUUUUUAAUACCCAAGUUUGGUGGGGAAGAAAACACAUGUAUAAUGCUAUCUAUAUUUGUAUAUGUGAACGUGUUUUAAGUGCCUAACGCCUAUCAGUAGUAUAGGCAGAGGAAUACUGAGCAGCAGGCCAUAUUGUUUUGUGAAUAAAUCCAGUCUGGUUUUCGUCAGGCACACAAGACAAUAGCACCCCAGAGGCUUGUGAAUGUAACCGUAAAAUCCUGAUUCAAAUCCUGAUACAGUCCGUGUUGAUGUCAUAUUUUUUGGAAGACAACAUAUCCCCUUGCAGUCCUAGAGUAUUAGUCGAUGGGGAGAGAGAUUGGGGUUUUGCUGUACUUUGUACAAAGUAGUUUGACAGGUUGAUACAAGACCUUGCAUUAACAUUUGCCGAUAUUUUAAACAUUCCAGCUCCAAUUAAUGAUAACAGUACCUCCUCAUAGGUGCGUUGACGCCACGGAGACUAGAGCGUUGUUUGCUGUUGCUCUCCCGUAGUCAUUUUCAGACAAACAAACUCCACAGGAAUAUUAGCUCGUGCCGUGGUGCAUGUACCGAGAUGGUUUAACAUUGUUUUGUCGUUUUUCAUGUUGACAGCUUUGGUGAGCUUUUCGGAUGUCGGCGUUAAAGAAAGGCGACGUCCUGUCGUUUUCAGUUUCAUCAUAUGGAUCACUGUACAUUCAGUUUCACAUGGUUUCAACUUUACUGUAUUUUGUAUUGGGGGUGCUUCUCUUUUAACUCACCUUUUUGUAACAAGUUCACAGCAAGCUGAGGGAAUGAAAAACCUGUGUCGAUAGAAAUGGAUACAGAAGGAGAGAGAGACCGAACGGAUCAAAAGGCGAAGAGACCGUCUGUGUGUUCCGGUGCUGCCUUCUAGUAUGAUAUUUGCUGAGACACCUGUGAUGAUGGGGACAUUAUUUGCUAGCAGGGAAUUACGCAGCUGACAAAACGGUUGAACUUAUCUGGGCUGUGUCUGUAGUGUAUGCGCUCGCUUUGGGUGGGCUCAAACCUACCAGCAAAUGUUGUGCCAAAUGUUUAUCUGCCGCUUGCCCAGUGUUGAAUGAGUGUUCAUUUUGUCGAUGGGGAGAGAGGUUGAGGAUGUGUUGUUUUUAUAUCGAGGUACAGAUAUUGAGCUGUAGGGGGAAAAAAACAUGUGAGGGACAGAGGAAAAUGUGAGAGGCUGGGCUGGGGAGAUAGGUGCAGCUGGUGAAGGGGUUUGUCUUGCUUUCACCACAGACAGACAGACAGACAGACAUACAUACAUACAGUGGUAAUACCUCUUUCUCCCAUCUUAAGAUGACCUAAGCAGAGAGAAUAGGCAGGAGAGAGAGGGGUUCUAGUACACACAACACAACUUUAGGGAGGUAGCCUAUUAAGCCUAGCUUUACCUCUUAUGUCAGGGCCUCUUCUCUGGGGGACUAAACAGAUAUCCUCGCAUGCCUUAUGAGCUUUGAUAACAUUUCCUGGGUUGGUGCACUGCCAUGCUAUUACUGUAAAUAACCUUUUAAAUGGGGCUAUGCUAUGCUGUAAGGUCCAAGCCCAUGGGGGAAUACUGUCUCAUGCUAAUUCAUGCCAUUUCUCAACAUAACAUCUGAAAUAUGUUCCUCAACUGAUCGGAAUUGAUUUUUGACGUAAAGAUGAAAGUGAGCGAUGAUUCAUCACCAGUAUUGUGGAUCUCGGGGUGAGAGACAGUGUUAUUAAAAAUAGCAACAUCGGUGUGCACUAUACAAAUCUAAAGUGUGUAUCUUUUAGAGGAGAAUUAAACGGUGUGUUCACUUUGGGUGGGAUUCCUGGCUUCCCACUUCUGUACAAAUGGGUCAUGUCACACCUCUUUCGGACAUCUUAAGGAAACUACUCUCUUUGUCUCCACUGAUGAGAACCUACUCUUGUCCUCUCCCCUCACUCUCAUAAUGUGCCAGCAGUAAUGCAGCUCCCUUAGGGAGAAAGUGAAUGGACAUCUAAUGGAGUUCUACGGGGCGGAGGCACUCCAAAGGGAAUGUGAAUCGACUUCGGUGACCACUGUGUGACCGUAACCCGGGUGGUCAAGAGAACAUAGAGAGAUGAACUCGACUCAAAUCAUUCUGUAGAGUCCUUUUUCUCUAUUUUGCUAUUUCACACAUUCUGGUCUAACAUUUUUCUUUUUGACUGUGUACAUUUUGAUGGUAUUGUCUGGAUUGUGCAGGCGCUGUGUAUUCUCAUCUCUUCUCACUCUGUGAAAUUGGCUCAGAACAGUUAAGCCAGCACCAGUCUACCAUGUAGUUGGCAAGCAACACACAGGCUACUAUGGGUUGCUGCAUUGUCUUGUAUGCAUUGUUUCAACUUUUCACCUCCUAUUCAUGCAGUCUUUUUCAAUCAAACCAACUAAAAUAGAAAAAGAGCCUGCCUCGUAAUUUUUUAUGAUUGUUCUUUUUUAUAACCGUAUCAGACCAUGUUGCAGCGCUUUGGAGUCUGUGAUCAGUUUGCAAAAUGUCAUUUCUCAGCUUACAUUUUUUUCCGCCAGAUCUCGUUAAUGUCUGUUUCGACGAUAAAGGAUGUUUUCAUCAUUAAAAAAAAAAUGAAAACCACA